GAGUGGGCGUCGGUUCUCGACCUCGCCGUUACUUUGGGCCGUGUUCUUCGUGCCCGGACGUGACUGUCAGCCAGAUCCUUCGGUCUGCAGACGAGGGCGUGCCGGGAGCCCUGUGUUCUCGCGGCUGUGGCGGUCAGGCCUGCACUGGCGUGACCCAGGCCAGAAAACCUCUGGAAGGCGGAUAUGGGUGCUCAGGGCGUUGUAUAAAUGCAAGCGUGAAGAAUUACGGGAAAAUGAAACGAAGACACAUAGAACCAAAACAGCCUUGAACGGUGCGCGCUCAGUAACCAGUGGACAGGCUGCAGACCUCACGGCACCAGUUCCCGGGGCCAUGGAGCCCCGGGUGGUUGCGGAUGCAGUUGAGACUGGAGACGAAGAUGUGAUUGCAGAAGCUCUGAGAACGUACAACCAGGAGCACUCGGAAAGCUUCACCUUUGACGAUGCCCAGCAAGAAGACAGAAAGAGACUUGCAAAACUGCUGGCGUCUGUCCUGGAACAGGGCUUGCCACUUUCACACCGUGUCAUCUGGCUGCAGACUGUACGAAUCCUGUCCCGGGACCGUAGCUGCCUGGCUCCGUUCACCAGCCGCCAGAGCCUGCACACACUAGCCUCCUAUGCUAACAUAUCUGCCUCUGAGGGGUCCCUCCCAGAGGCCUCUGAUAUGGGUGUUCUGCUGGAGUCCCUCAAGUGCUUGUGCAACCUUGUUCUCAGUAGCUCUGUGGCACAGGCACUUGCUGCUGAGGCCCGCCUGGUGGUGAAGCUUACAGAGCGUGUGGGGCUAUAUGGCAAGAGGAGCUUCCCCCAUGAAGUGCAGUUCUUUGAUCUGCGGCUCCUCUUUCUGCUAACUGCGCUACGCAUUGAUGUGCGCCAGCAGCUAUUUCAGGAGCUGCAUGGUGUACACUUGUUGACUGAUACACUGGAGCUGACAUUGGGAGUGACCUCUGAAGAGAGCCCCCCAGAAGUCCUUCCUCUCCAAGAGACCGAGCGGGUCAUGGAGAUCCUCAAAGUGCUCUUCAACAUCACCUUUGACUCCAUCAAGAGGGAAGUAGAGGAGGAAGAUGCUGCCCUCUACCAAUACCUGGGGACCCUUUUGCGCCACUGUGUGAUGAUUGCUGCUGCUGGAGACCGCACAGAGGAGUUCCAUGGCCACACCGUGAAUCUCCUAGGGAAUUUGCCCCUCAAGUGCUUGGAUGUCCUCCUUACCCUGGAGCUACAUGAAGGCUCUUUGGAGUUCAUGGGAGUGAACAUGGAUGUCAUCAGUGUCCUCCUUUCCUUCCUAGAGAAGCGCUUACAUCAGACCCACAGGCUGAAGGAGAGCGUGGCUCCUGUGCUAAGUGUGUUGACUGAGUGUGCCCGCAUGCACCGUCCAGCCAGGAAGUUCCUGAAGGCCCAGGUGUUGCCACCCCUUCGUGAUGUAAGGACUCGUCCUGAGGUGGGAGAGCUACUUCGGAACAAGCUGGUGCGCCUCAUGACACACCUGGACACAGAUGUGAAGAGGGUAGCGGCGGAGUUCCUCUUUGUCCUGUGCUCUGAGAGUGUGCCCCGGUUCAUCAAGUACACAGGCUAUGGGAAUGCUGCUGGCCUUCUGGCUGCCCGAGGCCUCAUGGCAGGGGGCCGGACUGAGGGGCAGUACUCAGAGGAUGAAGAUACAGACACAGACGAGUACAAGGAAGCCAAGGACAGCAUCAACCCAGUGACUGGCAGGGUGGAAGAGAAGCCACCAAACCCUAUGGAGGGCAUGACGGAGGAGCAGAAGGAGCAUGAGGCCAUGAAACUGGUGAACAUGUUUGAUAAGCUUUCCAGGCACAGAGUCAUCCAGCCCAUGGGGAUGAGUCCCCAGGGUCACCUUACAUCCCUGCAAGAUGCCAUGUAUGAGACCAUGGAGGGGCAGCUCUCCUCAGACCCGGAUUCUGACCCUGACUGAGGACGGUGGUUCCCUUGCUCCAUCUUCAGAAUUGGUGCUGCUUCCAGAGAUAUUCUUGGGGUGGCAGCCUUGGGAAGCCCAGGCCCUCUCCACUGGACUCCCUUUCUCUCUGCCCCAAGUUCUGUUCAUGAUUUGCCUCUAAUCCUAUUUCUUAUCUUGUGGACAAUAGUAGAACUUGGCCCUGGUUUCCACAGAUGAGGCUGGCCUGAGUGGGGAGCACAUGAUGUGAACUCAUCUGGGGCUGGCACACUGCAUUUCACAGGGGAAGGGAUGUACUAGAGUUUCACCAGUGCACACACUGAACAGGGCUGCUCGUCCCUCCACAUCUCCCUUGGUCCUGCCUCAGCCACCAAUUAGAAUGUCCACAUACCAUGUUCUCACUGGUUGUGAUGGUGACAGUCGAAGAAUGUCAAUCCUAUCCACUGCUCCUGACUAAAUACUUAUAUGAAGGAAAAUGACCUUCUUGAGACCAUAAAAUGAAACCCUAAGAUUUCCAAGAGUCAUAGAAACAUCCUAGAAUAAAGCAGUUUUGAGCAA